AUGAGCCAGUCGAAAGGUGGAAGGCGGAGGAGGUCGAGCAGCAUCAUCUACCAGGAACCCAUCGAGUCAAAUGAACAGAUGAGUGAUCAAGCGGCACUGCCUAAUUUGAAUGCCAAUUGGGUUAAUGCAAAGGGUGCCUGGACGAUCCAUUUUGUCUUGAUUGCUGCGCUAAAGAUCUUCUAUGAUAUCAUCCCCGGAGUGUCUCAAGAGACAUCGUGGACGCUCACCAACAUCACCUAUAUGUUUGUCACAUUCAUCAUGUUCCACUGGGUACGAGGAAUUCCGUUUGAAUUCAACGCCGGCGCUUACGACAACCUCAACAUGUGGGAGCAAAUCGACAACGGAGACCAAUAUACCCCUGCGAAAAAGUUCUUGCUUAGCGUGCCUAUUAUUCUAUUCCUCCUCAGCACUCAUUACACCCACUAUGACUUGACCUCUUUUCUCAUCAAUUUUUUGGCUACAUUAGGCGUUGUCAUUCCUAAAUUACCCAUCGUGAGUGACUCCGACUUCUUUCCUUAUGAUGUGCUAGAUGCUGACUUUCCCAGUCUCACCUUGGACAGCACGGGCCUAAAAGAGAGAUUCAUGAUGAGCCUGUUAGAAGAAGGAAAUGUUUUUUCGGGCCAAAACAACCCUCAGCAUGAAUCAUCAAGUUCGGAAGACACAGAACCAAAGCGAGAAGACAAAAUAUCAGAUGCGCCAGAAAACAGUGUCGAGUGGGCUUGGGAAGAUGAUCCAAAAAAUCCGUACAACUGGCCUACUAAAUUAAAAGUUCGACAAGUCGUUAUGAUGGCUUCUGCGGGAUUCACGACUACGGUCGCCGUAUCAAUACUAACUCCUGCUCAUACCCAAUUCAUGCAAGAGUUUGGAGUUAGCAGUACUGUGGCGAUUCUACCAUUAUCUCUCUAUGUUUUUGCUCUUGGACUUGGCCCUGUGAUUGGGGGACCAUUAUCUGAGACCGUUGGCAGGUACCCUGUCUACUUUGGGACUACCUUAUUCGGCACGCUUUUCAGCCUGGGUGCUGGAUUCUGCCAGUCUUUCGCAGGUCUCUGUGUUCUGCGUUUUCUGGCUGGAUUUUCCUUCGGUCCAUCCCUGGCAAUUGGUGGUGGGACGAUAAAUGAAACAUUCAAACCUGCUCAACGGGCAGUUCCUUCUACAAUAUACAUUCUGGCUCCAUUUCUGGGCCCUGGGCUGGGUCCUGUUAUUGGGUGCUUUGUCGUUGACCGCAAAGGUUGGCGCUGGACCCAAUGGACCAUCUGUUUCUUCGGCAUCUUCACCAUGCUUACGAUCAUGACCUGCCGAGAGACAUUCCAUCAGGUCCUCAGGCGCAGGAUUGCGAAGGCAAAGGGUUUGUCAAUGCCGACGCCUACACCUCUUUCGUCGCAACUCCGACUCUUCGCAAGCACUGCCCUUUUGCGCCCAAUCCAAAUGCUAUGCACGGAGCCAAUCGUUGCGCUUGUUUGCUUGGCUUCGAUAUCAUGGGUCAGUCCCGUUAUUGCAAUCAUGAUCUUCGCCUGGGGGAAUCUAUGUGUUUUUGUCAGCAUGAUCCAGUACCUUGUCGAUACUUAUCAUGGCCAGACCGUCGCCAGCGCUAUGAGCGCCAAUAGUCUGGCUCGAUAUGGGCUUGCCGCCGCUUUUCCGCUGUUCACGAUACAGAUGUAUUCAACGCUCGGUAUUGGUUGGGCGUCAAGCUUAUUGGGUUUCAUCGCCAUUGCACUCUCCCCAGUUCCCUGGUUAUUCUACCUUAAAGGUGAACGACUGAGAGCUCUUAGUAGUUUUGAAACAGCGACUUCAUAA